GGGUCAUUUCUCCACGGAAUCGUUCAUCCGAGGUCCCUUUCCUCCUGGCCAUCCCCAAGAACAGUAUCCGAGACUCAGAAGAUCCUGUUGUGGGGAUGGUGUCAAUGACAAGACUGUGACCCCGCGUUUCUGGGCUUUGAUAUCAUCGAUUCAGACCGUCAAGAUGAGAUAUUCACUCCAAAUGGGUUAUAGCCGAGGUGCUAGAACGCAUCCAUUGUACCGGUAUCUUAUAAUCCCCUAGUUCGACGUUCCAAGGUAAGGCUGUUCACUUUCUCUUCGUCAUAUUCACUCUUUCCUCCUUUGCAGAAUACCUUCAAGCCAUCAUCAUGGGGUCCGAACGUUACCCGAUCCAACACAAGGGCAUUUAUCACAACCUCCCGACCUUCGACCCGUCGCUGAAAGGCUUGACGGCGAUCGUUACUGGUGCUAAUGGCAUCAGUGGAUUCCAUACUAUGCGAGUCCUGCUCGAGAGUCCCGAACGGUGGACGAAGGUGUACGCGCUAUCACGACGACCUCCUCCACAGGCCAUGAUGAGCCUGCUCACGGACUCUCAGCGUGCUCGAGUACAGCAUGUUGCCGUUGACUUCCUUGAUGAUCCUCAAAAGAUUGUGGAUGCCAUGAAGGCGUCCAACGUUGCUGCCGACUACGUUUUCUUCUACUCCUAUCUGCAGCCAAAGCCACCUCCAGGUGCUUCUGCAUGGUCUAACGCCGACGAACUCGUCAAAGUGAAUAGCGCCUUGCUUGAUAAUUUCUUAAAGGCAUUGACCAGUGCAAAACUCACUCCCAAACGCUUUCUUUUGCAGACUGGGGCAAAAAACUAUGGCGUUCACAUUGGUCGCGCCCGGACACCCGCAAUCGAAUCUGACCCUCAGCCGUCUCACCUCGAACCUAACUUCUACUAUCCCCAAGAGAAAUUGCUCUUUGACUACUGCAAGAGCAACAACACUACCUGGAACGUCAUUCGACCUGCAUGGAUCAUCGGGGCCGUCAACAAUGCGCAGAUGAAUGCUUUACACCCCUUUGCCAUCUAUUCCUCAGUGCAAGCCGCCAAAGGUGAACCACUAUACUUCCCGGGUGAUUGGGCUGCCUGGCAGCAUGAAGCACACUACUCGACCGCAAGGUUGACAGGAUAUCUAUCUGAAUGGGCCGUUCUGGAGGACAAAUGCAAGAACGAAGCUUUCAAUUCACAGGACACCGCACCGCUCUCAUGGGACCGUUUUUACGAAGAGCUGACUCGUUGGUUCGGCGUGGAAAAGGGUAUUCAGCCACCGGAAGAGGAUCCGACCAAGUUCAAAGAGUUUAAAGGCAGAUCUGGCAAAGAGACACCCAUGGGGUAUGGGCCUGCGACUGUAGCUCGGAGCACAUUCUCUCUAGUUGGAUGGGCAUCAAAGCCGGAGAAUCACGAAAUUUGGCAGAAGUUGAUGAAAGCCUCGGGAGGUCAACUUACGGACGAUCCUUUUAAAGAUGUCGAGGCAAAUUUCGUGUUUGGAGACGCUGCCUUUAUGAGUAUGGGUAGCCUGUGUAUGAACAAAGCUCGAAGGAUGGGCUGGACAGGUUUCGUUGAUACUAUGGAGUCUAUUUUUGAGAUGUAUUAUGAGAUGGGCAAGCUGGGCAUGGUUCCAAAGAUGAAAGUCGCCGAGGCUAAGCCUUUGAUAUGAGUUAGGAAUAGUAAUAGGCACCGUGGUGAGUCCAGGAUCGAUAGUUUACUGGC